ACUAGAGUGAGAUCUGCAGCUCGAUUUAAUCAUCAAUAUCCGGCGAUAACCCAGAGUUUACCGAGAUAAUACAGGACAAUGCUGUUUCUACAGAGGACUUUAAGGCUUUGAUGAAGUAGUUACUAUAGCUGCGCUAGUCUCUCAGUGCUUAUUUGUUUUUUUAUCCCCUCCUCAGUUUUCAGUCCUUCGUUUUUCGCUCCUAUCAGCCAGUCUAAACUCAGAAACAGCCAUGUAUCAGGUCCUGAGGAAUUUCUUCUUCACCAAGGCUCACUGCGCCGCUGAAGACGCCACGAAGAACUUCGAGAAGCUGUUUGAGAAGUUGGACGUGAAUCGGGACGGGAAGGUGGAUGUGGCGGAGCUGCGCGCAGGCCUGGCCGACUUGGGCUUCACUCUCGGCGCAGACGCAGCUCAGAAAAUAGUUUCAUCUGGGGACUCAGAUAAGGAUGAGCAGCUGGACUUUUUGGAAUUUUGCAGCUACUUACAGGAGCAUGAGAAAAAGCUCAACCUCACCUUUAAGAGUCUAGACAAGAACAAUGAUGGAAACAUUGAUUACAGGGAGAUUCAACAAGCACUCAAAGACCUGGGCGUGAAUAUCUCAAAGGAAAAUGCGGAAAAGAUUCUUAAAAGCAUUGACGCUGAUGGCACCAUGUCAGUGGAUUGGAAUGAAUGGAGGAAUCACUUCCUCUUUAACCCAGCUACCGACCUGGAGGAGAUCAUACGCUACUGGAAACACUCCACUGUGUUGGAUAUAGGGGACAGUCUCACCAUCCCAGAUGAAUUCACAGAGGAGGAGAAGACCACUGGCCUGUGGUGGAAGCAGCUGGCAGCCGGGGCGAUGGCGGGGGCAGUCUCUAGGACAGGCACUGCACCGCUGGACAGAAUGAAAGUCUUCAUGCAGGUUCAUUCUUCAAAGUCCAACAAAAUCAGUCUGGUCAGUGGAUUUAAGCAGAUGAUCAAAGAGGGUGGUGUUGCAUCUUUGUGGAGAGGAAACGGUGUCAAUGUCAUAAAAAUUGCUCCAGAAACCGCCAUCAAAUUCAUGGCCUAUGAGCAGUAUAAGAAACUGUUGUCCAAGGAGGGAGGGAAGAUCCGGACACAUGAGAGGUUCAUGGCAGGCUCCCUGGCUGGAGCCACAGCACAGACUGCCAUUUAUCCCAUGGAGGUGAUGAAGACCAGGCUUACGCUGCGAAAGACCGGCCAGUAUUCAGGAAUGUUCGACUGUGCCAAGAAAAUUCUAAAGAAAGAGGGAGUGAAGGCCUUUUAUAAAGGCUAUGUCCCCAACAUCCUGGGCAUUAUUCCAUAUGCAGGAAUUGACCUGGCCAUCUAUGAGACCCUGAAAAAUACCUGGCUGUCUCUGUAUGCCAAAGACACAGCUAACCCUGGUGUGUUGGUUCUGCUGGGCUGUGGAACCAUCUCCAGCACAUGUGGUCAGCUGGCUAGCUAUCCCCUCGCCCUGGUCCGCACACGGAUGCAGGCCCAAGCGUCUAUGGAGGGCGCGGAGCAGGUAUCGAUGUCAAAGCUAGUGAGAAAGAUCUUGGAGAAGGAGGGCUUUUUUGGCCUUUACCGUGGAAUCCUACCCAACUUCAUGAAAGUGAUUCCUGCCGUCAGCAUCAGCUACGUGGUGUACGAGUACAUGAAAACAGGCUUAGGCAUAUCUAAGUGAGGUGUGUGUGUGUGUGUGUGUGUGUGUAUAAGUGUGUGUAGGUGGAACAUGUGUGAGUGAAUUCUAAAGUGUGCAUGUUUGGCUGAUGUGGUGGUAAAAGUGGUGGGAAGCUUCAUGAGCCAAAGUAUAUUUCCGAAGUCACCGACAUCAGGAAGGUGUAGGUGUACAUCUUUAGUCAUCCAAUACUGUGUGUAACUGUUCAGGAAAAGUCAAAGAGAAGAACGUAUUUUAGUACCCAGGUGUUUUGUGUGAAGUCUUAUUUGGACUAUCCAGUAGGGCUGGGCAAUGGGAUGGCUUUUAUCUUACAUGAAUCUGAGGCUGAUUAGUGUUUAAAUCAUUAUCACUUAGUAUAUCAAAGCAUAAUCUACUCCUGCCCUUUAAAUUAAUAUUGAGGAAUGGUUUAACUUGAUCUUCGUCCCAUUUUUGCAUUGAGGAUUACAGGGGUUGGACAAUGAAACUGAAACACCUUAUUUUAGACCACAAUAAUUUAUUGUCUGAUGGACAGUUCUGGUGGAAACAGGAGAGUUGAGGUGCACAUUGAAUUCUGCCGUGAUUUGGGCAGCCGUGGUUUUAUGUUUUUUGGAUACAAUCCGGGUUAGCACCCGAACAUCCCUUUCAGACAGCUUCCUCCUGCGUCCACAGUUAAUCCUGUUGGAUGUGGUUGGUCCUUCUUGGUGGUUUGCUGACAUUACCCUGGAUACCGUGGCUCUUGAUACAUCACAAAGACUUGCUGUCUUGGUCACAGAUGCUCCAACAAGACGUGCACCAACAAUUUGUCCUCUUUUGAACUCUGUUAUUAUGUUACCAAUAAUGUUGUGUGCCCUGCUAACUGAACCUUCACACUCUGCUCUUACUGCUGCAAUGUGCAAUUAAUGAAGAUUGGACACCAGGCUGCUCCAAUUUAGCCAUGAAACCUCCCACACUUAAAUGACAGGUGUUCAUUGUCCAACCCCUGUAUGUUCGCUAGUGGCAGACACUAUUGAAAUAUUUCUGAAAACUUUAAAACAUUUGGAUUAGAUCACUAUUUAAUGUGAAUUUGAAACUACAAGCAUUUCGUCUGCUGCAACACUCUAAUUAAAUAACCUCCUUAAUUGCAUAAAUAAUUACCAAUGAUUAAUGAUUUAAAAAAAAAAACUUGUUAUUGUAUACUCACUUGGGCAUGAGUAAAUCUUAAGCCACUCCCCUCCCAGCCUGCUUUGCUCUAACAGGCUGCACCCAGAUACUUCAUUGAAAGUCUUUUGUGACUGGGAGGGCUGGGUUUAUGUAAAUGUUAGUGAUGUAAUUUUAAUAAAAGAGUUAAAAGAAGAAGGGGUGGGUGAGGGUUGCGAAAACUCCUCAUGAACGUAAGAGAGGUAGGAAUUGCAUUUUAUAUGACGCCCGAUUAAGAGGCGGAGCUUCAGACAUUCCUCAUCACAAAACUGUGAUUUAUUUGGUGCUUCUACAGUUUUAUGAUCUAAGGAUCCACAUUCAAUUAGUUGAAUUAGUGAAUUAGCAACUAUUCUGUUCUAAAAAGUUUGUGUUUUAGAUUUAGUGUAAUAUUACAUUGUAAGCUCGGUCUGCUUGUAUUAUUGAUCUCAAAUACUAUACUAUAUUAUGAAAUAAUACUGUGAUAUCAUGUUAAAGUCUCAUUGCCCAGCCCUACUCUCCACACCACGUGCACUGUCCUACACACCUGAUUCUGUUCAUCCUGAUCAUCUUUGAGCUGCAGAGCAUUUGGGAAAUGUCCCGGUGCACCAUAGAAAAAAAAAUGUUUUUCUAUAUGUGAAAAAACUACAGCGCAGGUAUACGCACAAACAUUAAACCUCAGUUCAAGGUUAGAAAACGUCCAGUAAAUAGAGCGUGCCCUUUGAAAAGCAUACAAGUCUAUAUGUUUAAGAAUGAAACACUUUAAUUUCACCCCUGCUUUUUCACCUUAUGCUGGAUAGCAUUUUGCACACUGUUGCAAAAAGAGAGAGGGGUCAUGUGCCUUAUACAGUUUGCUCAGUGUGUGCAUGUCAAUGUUAAUAUAUUGCAAAUAAUUUUGUAUUGCCUUUCCCCUCCCAAGUUUUGUUAUGUUAGAGACUCUCAUGUUUACAUUAAAGAGAGUAUUUUAAAUAAAUAUUCCAAUAAACUUGGUGCUUUUUA